AUGGGGGAAGGGAUGUCCAAGAGACUUCGGCUGCAGCUCGGCGGGGAGGCGGAGAUGGAGGAGCGAGUGUUCAGCAACCCCUUCCCGGACUACAGAGCCACGGGGGCCGACAUGGGGGAGGGCGACGGGGACAUAGACAUGCCCUUCGACAAAGAUGCCAAGAUUACAGGAAGAUUUGCAAGACGCAUCCAGUCAAAAAUCAGUGACUUGCUUCAGCAAAUGGAAGAAGGACUAAAGACAGCAGACCCACAUGAUGUUUCUGCUUACACAGGAUACACGGGCAUAGCCCUGUUGUACCUACAGUUGUACCGUGUCACUCCAGAAGAUCCAACCUAUUUGCAACGUUCUCUUGAUUAUGUGAAAAGAGUCUUGAGGAACUUGAAUGGAAGAAGAGUCACUUUUCUUUGUGGGGAUGCCGGGCCUCUUGCUGUUGGAGCUGUAGUCCACCACAAGCUGGAGAACCAUGCAGAAUCCAAGGACUGCAUUGCAAGAUUGCUGCAAUUACACCGAGGAGUGGUGAGCACAGACUCUGAACUUCCAGAUGAGUUGUUGUAUGGUAGAGCCGGCUACCUGUAUGCAUUGAUUUACGUGAACUCCGAGAUUGGACCAGAUACUGUACCUCAGGCUACUAUUAAAGAGCUUGUAGAUGCCAUCUUAGAGUCUGGGAAAACCUUAUCGAAAGAAGAGCAUAAGACUGAGCGCUGUCCACUGUUGUAUCAAUGGCACAAGAAGCAGUAUGUAGGGGCAGCACAUGGAUUGGCUGGUAUCUACUAUAUGCUUAUGCAGCCCCUGGCAAAAGUAGAACAAGAAACAUUAACAGAACUUGUGAAGCCAUGCAUCGAUUAUGUCCGUCACAAGAAGUUUAGGUCGGGUAAUUAUCCUUCAUCUUUAAGCAAUGAGACAGAUCGGCUGGUGCACUGGUGUCAUGGAGCUCCCGGAGUUAUUCACAUGCUCAUUCAGGCCCAUAAGCUUUUUAAAGACGAGAAGUACUUGAAAGAUGCCAUGGAAAGCAGUGAUGUCAUCUGGCAGAGAGGAUUAUUACGGAAAGGAUAUGGCAUCUGUCAUGGAACCUCAGGGAAUGGCUAUGCAUUCCUGUCUCUGUAUCACCACACUCAGGACAGGAAAUAUCUCUACAGAGCCUGCAAGUUUGCAGAGUGGUGUUUAGAUUAUGGUAAACAUGGAUGCCGAAUCCCGGACAGACCAUACUCUCUCUUUGAAGGAAUGGCUGGAGCUAUUCAUUUCCUUUCAGACGUGUUGACACCAGAGACUUCACGCUUCCCUGCAUUUGAACUUUGA